AUGGCGGCAACACAGAAGCUCUGCAAGCCGGAUCCCUGUAUCCCCUUGGGCAAAGACUCUGGUAGUCCGCUCUUGACAAUGGAACUCUGUGCAGCUGUGAGCCUCACGAGUGACAUGGGUGCAAGUGCCUUCUCCUGGGACAACCCGAAUGGUUUAGUUCUUGUCGAUGAGGAAGCUUCGUGGACAUCGCAACCUCUCAAAUAUACGAUCAAGUCCACACGGCCGAAGGGCAAGCGGCUGAAGAUCCACAGGCUUGACUGUGGAUCAAAGGUUUUGACCAGCAGAACGCAAACCUCUGCGGCGUCGAUCUGUCGUCAUGGCGUGGCUGCACUGGACUGCUCGAGCCUCGCAGUCACUUGA